AUGUCACUAACAGCUUCUAGAUGGACUGUAUUAGAACAAGGUACUAAAGAGGAGAUAAGAUGGUUGCAAGUAGUACAACAAAGGGCUCCUGACUUGAAUAGCGUCACAUCAGCAGGUGCUCGCAAGUCUUUGAGAAUUCACCUACUUGACAGUCAUUUGGAUAUCUUCCCUCCGAAUUUGGGUGCUGAAGGUGAUGAACAAGGCGAUCGAUUUCAUCAUGACUUUGCUGCGAUUGAAAAGCGUUAUAAAGGCUUUUGGGAUCAAAGAAUGAUGAGCGUAUAUUGCUGGAUGCAACUUCGUGAAGAUUCCACGCAACAUGACAGAAAAAGUUUGAGAAUGAAGUUCAAGGUGAAAUCGAAGAAACCGUUGACUCCUUGA